GCGGGAAUUACAAGGAUUGAGCACAAAUUUCUAUGAUGGGGUUACAACCAGUUUGAAAAAAAAAACAGGCAUGAGAAAAUAAUAUAAGCAUGCACAUGAAAAGGAAAAACUCCACUAGAGAAGCAUAUAUCUAUGACCAACCAUGAAAUUUUACAGAUUCAGGAUUACUCUGACUUCCAAGGGCAAAUUCUCUCUUUUUCUCAGUCGUAGACUCCAGCCUACUGAGAGCAGAAGCCCCAAUCAUCUAGGUUUCACUUGCUACCCUCUCAACAUUUUAGUAAGUAACCAUAAUGAAGACCGGCAAAAAAUUGCCAUAAUUACUGGAGGAACAGGUGGCAUAGGUUUUGCAACUUCCAAAGCUCUUGCUUCUCAAGGUUAUAAUUUAAUUCUUGGUUAUCUUUCUGACAGUGAAAAUGCCAAGAAAUGCUUACAGGAAUUGGAGACAGAUUUCAACAUCGAAGUUCGGACGAUUAGCGGAGAUGUUUGUGAAGAAGGCACUGUGAAUUCGUAUUUUAGCUGCUUGAAUGAAAUGAACGGCAAGCUCACUGCUAUUGUUCACACUGCUGGACUUUUUAAACCAAAUUCUUUUUCGAAGGACCCGAAUACUUGUUUUAGUACUUUUGAAUACUACGACUACUACCAAGAUAUCUAUCCUAAGUGUUUCAUACGUUUAGUAGAAACGGGAAUGAAGUUUAUGGAAGAUGGUCAUGGCUAUAUAGUCUGCUUGUCAAGCCCUGGUUGUAAUAUCAAUGACCAUGUUCGACUAGGUUAUAUGAUGCCAGGUACAGGGAAAUGUGUACUUGAGUAUCUGUCUCGUCAUUAUGCUAAAAUGUUAGCAAAGAGGGGAAUCUCUUGUAAUUGCAUUGUUCCUGGAUACAUACAAACGAAACCUUGGAAACUGAGAGAAAGCAUUUUGGGUCCUGAUGUUGGUUGCCAGAGAACACCGAUGGGUCGAUGGGGUCAACCUGAAGAAAUAGGAGAUUUUAUUUCAUAUUUAUGUUCUCCUAAAGCAAGUUUUCUCACCGGUGCUACCAUUCCUUUUGAUGGAGGUUUGAGUCUUGGGAAGCAGUGAAUUUAAAAAGAGAUAAUUAAAAGCUAUCUCUGAGUUUUUCAGAACUUUAUGGAAAAGUUAUAUUCAAAGUUAGAAUAUAUUUUAAUAAUUUUUCAUCUUAAAUGCAUUGAUAAAGAGAAUAAAGUUUAUUCGAUGAGCUUUUUUUAUAUAAUCAAAAUUCAUUUGGUGGUUUAAUAAAUCAACUAAUAUUUUUCUUAA